GUUUUUUGGGCAGAGCCUAUCCAGGUCUUCAAUUCAAUUCAUAGUCUUGAAGAAUCAGGCAGCUUUGAAGCGGCAGACAGAGCUCUAGGGAAUUCUCUGUUGCCUAGAAGCCCAGCAGCUCCAGAUUCAUUUUCAUCCACAGGCAAUGUUAUGCCUUUAUCUUUGUCAUCCUCAGCAACAGUGUGCACUGACCAGACCUCAAGAAAUGCUGCUACCUCCUCAGACACCCACACCUCUUUGACUCUAGCUCCAUACUCAUGCAUACUCACUCCCGCAACGCCAGACAUCAACCCAUCAGGCCACUCUGUUUCUGUUCAGAUGUCUUCAUCUCCAUCUUCUCAUAUUGUUCACAGGAAGGAUAUUCCUUACAUGACUGAAUCAAAAUGCACUCUUCUCCCUAGUAAUCUCCCUUUGGACACCUCCACCCCCUUUCGUGCUGUCCAGUCAUGGACUGACCUGCAUAUUCAACGAAACACUCUCAUCACAAAGUUAUCACAUGGAGCUCUUCAUGCUGUCCCCCAAAAAUGGACUGUAUCCACAAGUGCCUCAGAAAUGGGACAAAGACCUCCACAGAUCUUCUCUCCAUCUUCAUCUUUGCCUCUGCUGUCUCAUAACUGUCUCCCUGGGAUGGCUAGAAAUUACCGGGCUGUGUCAGUGUCUGUAGAUACAGGACUGCAGCUUGAUAAGGUAAGGGAGUUGGACAGGAAAGGAAAUGAAGAUGAGGAGAAGCUUCAGGACGACAAUGAAACAGCCACCAUGCUAUGCUGCUGCUCCUCUGACCAUCAGUGUGUCUGCUGUACUCAGAAGAGUUACAAAAAGCAACACACUCUGGGAAACAUUCCUUACUUGCUGGAUGAGUUGGAGGAGAUGAUGUUGUGUCUGCAGAAGUUUUGCUCUGUGCUCAGCAAUGUGGAAAAACAGCUCUCUGAAGAUCAAGCUGCAGUUUACAGCACUCUCUCUGACCAGGACAGGGAAAAGAUUCACGACAUAGAGGAGCUGCGGCAAGCAGUGAAAAAAGAGGCUGGGGAACUGGAGAUGCAGCUGAAUGAUCGAGCCCAUCACUAUGAUGACAGCUUGAAAAUGAAGAUGCACAGACUAUUGGAUGAGCAGUCACUACUCUGCUCUCGACUCAGAGUCGCUCUGCCCGAUGCGGUACCUAGAUCAUCGAUCCCCACCCACCAACAGGACAGUAGCCACUCAGUGCUCUUUGCUGCCCUGGAUCACUGUGGCUGACAUCCAGAGUGACCAUGGCUCCUCCUGGAGCAUAUGUAAUGUGGACUCCCCUGGUCAUCUCCUGAAGUAGAGAGUGUCUGCGAGGGCCCUGUUCUCCCAGUAAGACAAAAAAGCUGGACAGAGUGAACUUCCUCCAGAGAGUAAGAACAUCAUGACCUGUCAUAAAACAAAUGGAGUGAAUCAUCCACACUGUACACUUGCCUGCUGCCUAAUUUUCUGAACCAGCAUAGUUGGCCAAAUGGCCUUGUUUUAUAAAAGUUUAAUUGACAUUAUCACAUAUUAUCAAGCUAAACAUUGCGGCCAGUCACAAGGUUGAUAUUAAGAUGCAGAUUGGACAUAGUUUUGACUUUUAACGUGGUAAAUAUUAUUUUCAGUGAUUAUAUUAAUAGACUAAUGUGUAUUCAUAUGGAUAGAAUUAUAAACUGAAAUAGCCUUCUUUUAGGAAAAGCUGGACAACAUUCAGUAGUGCAAAAUACAAACCUUGAACUGAUUAAAAAGGUUAUACUGUUAGAUUUGUUGGAAAGGUUUCUGGUUUUUGACAAACCACACAGCGACAGGCCUGGUGAGCAGGUAUUUUGCUAUAGCACACUAAGGUUAUUUCUUUGAGUACAGUUAGGCAUCUACCUUUGGUGAUUCACUAUGUGCCACAUACUAAACAAUACAAAAGGAUUUAGACCAAUUAUGGGAUUAAAAACAAUGUUUUGGAGGAAUGGUGUUUCUUCACUCAUACAAAGAGCACUGAAGCUGCUCUGGUGCAGUUUCCUAAAAGUCUUUAUUGUUUACUUGUUUACAAGAGCUGACACACUCUCCUACAAUCAAGAGAUUACAUGACACAAAGUAACAGCAAUAAUAACAAGACAUAUA